AAGUUGCAGCUUUUUCCGCCUCCCGGGAGGGUGAGAAGGGCCGGCCGCUGGAGCUGGGUGGCGGUCUUCCCGGAGCCAGAGACCCUACCCUGAAUCUGGCACUGGGACGUCUCGCCCUCUUGCGGCACCUGUUGCAGGUGACAGGCAACUCUGGUAGCUCUCCUGGUCUGGUAGCCUUGAAGAAAGAAGAGGAGAAGAAAAAUAGAGUCCAUCAUGUCAGAGAUACUUGACCUCUCCUUUCUGUCUGAGGUGGAAAGGGAUUUGAUCCUUAAUGUUCUACAACGAGAUGAGGAGCUCCGAAAAGCAGAUGAGAAAAGGAUUAGGAAACUGAAGAAUGAGUUACUGGAGAUCAAAAGGAAAGGGGCCAAGAGGGGCAGCCAACACUAUAGUGAUCGGACCUGUGCCCGGUGCCAGGAGAGCCUGGGCCGUUUGACUCCCAAGACCAACACUUGUCGGGGUUGUAAUCACCUAGUGUGUCGGGACUGCCGCAUCCAGGAAAGCAAUGGUACCUGGAGGUGCAAGGUGUGCGCCAAGGAAAUAGAGUUGAAGAAGGCAACUGGAGACUGGUUUUAUGACCAGAAAGUGAAUCGCUUUGCUUACCGCACAGGCAGUGAGAUAAUCAGGAUGUCCCUGCGCCGCAAACCUGCAGUGAAUAAAAGAGAGACAGUGGGACAGUCCCUCCUCCAUCAGUCACAGCUGGGUGAUGUCUGGCCAGGAAGAAAGAUCAUUCAGGAGCAACAGAAGGAGCCCAGUGUGCCAUUUGAUGUGCCCAAGCUGAAAAGUGGAAAGAGCGCACUGGAGGCUGAGAGUGAGAGUCUGGAUAGCUACACAGCUGACUCGGAUAGCAUGUCCAGGAGAGACUCUUUGGAUAAAUCUGGCCUUUUUCCAGAAUGGAAGAAGAUGGCUGCCCCCAAAUUUCAAGUAGAAAUGGAAACGCAACCUGGGGGUCAAAAUGUGGUAUCUAUCGAUGAGGGUGAAAUGAUAUUCAAGAAGAACACCAGAAAAAUCCUCAGGCCUUCAGAAUACACUAAAUCUGUGAUCGAUCUUCGCCCAGAAGAUGUGGGGCAUGAAGGUGGCUCCUUAGGAGACAGAAGCAAAUCUGUCCCAGGCCUCAGUGUGGAUAUGGAAGAGGAAGAGGAAGAAGAAGACAUUGACCACCUGGUAAAGUUGCAUCGUCAGAAGCUAGCCAGAAGCAGCAUGCGAAGUGGCUCCUCCAUGAGUACCAUUGGCAGCAUGAUGAGCAUCUACAGCGAAGCUGGUGACUUCGGGAACAUCUUUGUGACGGGCAAGGUUAACUUUUCACUGAAGUAUGAGCAGCAAACACAGACUCUGGUUAUUCAUGUGAAAGAGUGCCAGCAGCUGGCCUAUGCCGACGAAGCCAAGAAGCAUUCGAACCCCUAUGUGAAGACUUACCUUCUGCCUGACAAAUCCCGCCAAGGCAAAAGAAAAACCAGCAUCAAGCGGGACACCGUUAACCCGCUCUAUGAUGAGAUCCUCACAUAUGAGAUCCCAGAAUCUGUCCUGUCCCAAAGGACUUUGCAGUUCUCGGUUUGGCAUCAUGGUCGUUUUGGCAGAAACACUUUCCUUGGAGAGGCAGAGGUCCAGAUGGAUUCCUGGAUGCUUGAUAAGAAACUGGAUCAUUGCCUCCCUUUACAUGGCAAGGUCAGUGCUGAGGCCUCAACUGGCUUGCCAUCACACAAAGGCGAGUUGGUGGUUUCAUUGAAAUACAUCCCAGCCUCCAAGCUCCCUGUUGGAAGUGACCGGAAAAAGAGUAAAGUUGGGGAAGGCGGCGAGCUCCAGGUGUGGAUCAAAGAAGCCAAGAACCUGAUGGCUGCCAAAUCAGGAGGGACGUCAGACAGCUUUGUGAAGGGAUACCUCCUUCCUAUGAGGAACAAGGCCAAUAAGCGUAAGACUCCCGUGAUGAAGAAGACCCUGAAUCCCCACUACAACCAUACAUUUGUCUACAAUGGUGUGAGGCUGGAAGAUCUCCAACACAUGUGCCUGGAACUGACUGUGUGGGACCGGGAGCCCCUGGCCAGCAAUGACUUCCUGGGAGGGGUCAGGCUGGGUGUUGGCACUGGAAUCAGUAAUGGGGAAGUGGUGGACUGGAUGGACUCGACUGGGGAAGAAGUGAGCCUGUGGCAGAAGAUGCGACAGUACCCAGGGUCUUGGGCAGAAGGGACUCUACACCUCCGUGCCUCAAUGGCCAAGCAGAAGCUGGGCUUGUGAGCCCCUGUCCUUCACUGCAGGCCCAGCCCUGUCCAGGGCAAGUCAGAGGAAGCGAAGAAACCAAGAGCAAAGACUUCUAAUUUAAUGUGUGUGUGUAUGUUAUGUAUGUGUGUGUAUAAACGUGUAUUUCGACAACUCUCAUUAUGCUAGAGUGAUGUAGACUUCUUCCCCUUUUUAAAGCAGGCUCAAGAAUAAGGGUCUCUUCAAAAUUUUUUUAUUUGCGCAUAAGCUAGUAUAUAUUUUCAGAGUCCAUUUUUCUUUUUAUGAGAUUCAAUUAACUUAUCUUUUAGAACACCUUUUUAUCACCUGUCUUGCUGUCCUUGUUCCUCCUUCCUCAGGGAGCCCUGGCUGCCUUUGGCACUUGUACUGGUCUGUAUUUCAAGGUGUGCCUGGUCUGAGGCCAAGGCUCCAGGAAGCAGGGAUGGGCUACUAAAGACAGAAGAAGGUGGCAGAGAGGUGAGUAGGUCCGUUCUUUUCUCUCCAAUUUAUGCCUUUAACUCCACUUCUACCUUGACACAUUUCUGGAAGUCGUCUUUUAACUCCUUGUUCAUAGCAGUUUCCACCUUGCUUGAAUCUAAUGGUUUUCCUGGAAAUGCUAAGAAAAUGUCUAGGUUGCUUCCAAUUCUGGGCACCUUCAUUAGACUCUUGGGGGACCCUUACAAGGGAUCCACUUUAGAAAAGCACUUUAAGUAGAUAAUGGCCUUUGGAUGGGGUCACAAGCAUGCCCGGUGAGUGCUUCUCAGUGGUCCCUGAGGACCGAUGAUUAAGUGUCUCCCAGCCUGUGUUGAAUUCCUUGCAUUUUAAAUUGAUACAGCAGUUGUUAGAGAGCUUCUAACUUCUCUAAUGAAAGGUAUCUUCACAUGUAUCACACCUUUCUUAGCUCCUGUGUCUACCUUGUGUUACCACACAGAAUAUUAUCGAUAAUAUGGUCUGUAUGCUAUUGUGUAGGCACGUAUGGUCUAAAACCAGUCCAGGGAUUCUCCGGGUUGAGCACUGUUAGUGUCCCAAACAACAUGUUCAGAGCAUCUCCCAGUUUUUCUGACUCCUUUCUUGAAGUGAUUUCAGUUCCCAUUUUUUCUAUAGUUUCCUGAACUUGACCUCAAUAUAACCUGGGUGUGAUAGGUUGAAACUUUGCUAAGAAGGGUCUAGCGAGCUAAGGUUCAUUUUCUGAAACUCACUAUUGCAAACUGACCUUUUUAGUCUCACAGUUGUAUCUACACAAAGUCAUUUGUGAAAGGAGCCUGUACUAGAGAAGAAAUCCCUUUCAGUAGAGUCGGCUGCUAGCGGACUCUCCUGUAUGUAAGCCUACACCGGAUUGAAGCCUGCGGUUUCUGUUGUACGUUUGAAGUGAAUGGAAGAGUGUUUUUUAAAAGGUUUAUCUCGUGUGGAUUGAUACUGAAAUGGAAGGCAUAACUUGGGAUCAUGAACUGUCACCUGCUCCUCCUUUGUUCUCCACCCCAUGAAAUGUAUGUGUGUUUCAAUAAAGCUUUCUCCCUUGUCAA